UCUCUCCCCGGACACCGUAGUGGCCCGUGCAGCGGACGCAUGGCCCCGCGGGAGUCAUGUUGAAGGUGACCGGCAGCGUCGUCAUGCCGGCGGCUCUGGGUCUGCUGCCGACCACCGUCCACGCCGCCGCCGGAGACGGAGAAAACGAGGCGACCGGCCCGCUACACCGGGACGAGCUGUCCCUGUACACCGGCCCUCCUCCUCCGUCCCGGGUCGUGGAGCCCGAGGCGGGUCAGUUGGAGCAGAGGGUCGCCGCCCUGCGGCAGCAGCUGGAGCCGUACGCCGCCUGCUACCGGGCCGCUUACGGCGAAAUUAAACCCAAAGUCCAGCGCGUCGUCCGGAGCGGGACGGAGGCGCUCGCCUUCCUGCGGAACCCGCCGAAGGACUUCUAUCCGCGGGCGGCGGUCAUCGGCUUCACCGGCGCCCUGGGGCUGCUGCUCGCCAGAGGCUCCCGGGUCAAGAGGCUCGUGUACCCGGGCGGCCUGGUGGCCGUGAGCGCCUCGCUCUACUACCCGGAGCGGGCGGCCGCCGUCGCGAGGUCGGCCGGCGACUCGGUGUACGAGCGCGUCGUGCGGGGCUACGCCGCCGUGGAGAGGAUGGUGAGGCCCGAGACGAGCAGCAGAGACGGCGGAAAGGUCACCGACGGCGACACGAGGCCCUGAUGACCCCCAGCGUGACCCCCGCACCACGACAUACUGUGACUCUCAUGCCCACUCUUUGCACUAAGCUUCACAUGUAACUCAGGCCCGGGCAUGGCCAGUCACAAGGGGGGGACGAUCAGCUUCUGCUUCCCAUCUGAAUGUAUAUUUAUACAGAAAAUUAAUAUUAAUAAUAAAAAAAACAUAUCUACCUGUCUUAUAUGUAAAUCUUGAACACUGUCAAUAGUCAUACGCCGGGUAAAACGAAUAUAUUUCAACAAUUCUGAAGUUGAUACAAAAAUAAAACUUCAAAAUCUAUU